AUGGAAUCAACGGAACUUCCUCCUCCGUGUCAUGAUCAACCCUCAUCCUCCUAUAAUUCCAAUACCAGUGGUAGAAAUGUCUUUAGCUUGUUAGCUCAAAGAGAGAUUUCACCUAGAACAAAACAUGUACGAAAAUGGCACUGGGGAGAAUCUUCUAAAUCAAAAUCUAGUUGCUCCAAUUCUAAAAGAAUGAUAGAUGCAAAGUGCGGUCUCCUCUCAUGGGUUGAGGCCGAGUCAUUGAGGCAUCUGUCAGCCAAAUAUUGCCCUUUAUUGCCUCCUCCACGGUCUACUAUUGCAGCAGCAUUUAGUCAAGACGGGAAAGUGCUUGCCUCCACACAUGGUGACCACACAGUAAAGAUCAUUGAUUGUGAAACUGGAAAUUGCUUGAAGGUAUUAGUUGGCCACAGAAGGACACCUUGGGUGGUUAGGUUCCAUCCAUUGCAGCGACAGAUACUUGCUAGUGGAAGCUUGGACCAAGAAGUUCGUUUAUGGGAUGCUAGCACAUCAGAGUGGAUUUUAUCUCACUAUUUCAAUCGCCCUAUUGCAUCUCUUGCUUUCCAUGCCAGUGGGGAAAUAAUUGCUGUUGCAUCAGGCCACAAGUUGUACAUGUGGCACUACAAAAAUGGAGGGGAAUCAACUUCACCAGUUUUUGUGCUGAAGACAAGGCGCUCUCUACGGGCUGUGCAUUUUCACCCGCAUGGUGCACCAUAUCUUUUAACUGCUCAGGUUAAUGAUCUCGACUCUUCCGAUUCCUCAAUGACGGAGGCAACAUCUCAUGGUUACUUACAGUAUCCUCCACCAGCUGUUUUUGUCACAAAUGUUAAUUCCAGGAGGCAUAUCAAUAUGUCAAGUGAACCACCCAAUGUAUCAUUACCUCUCUUCUCCAGGCCUUCAUAUACCGUAAAUGAGUCAAGAGUAGAACUACAGCAUGCUAGUAAUGAUGUUGGUUCAAGUAGCAUGCAGGUUCAGUCAUCUUCUGUAGUUCAGCUUCAAACUGACACAAAUUCACCCGAACAAUAUCAAACUCGUUUGUCAAACUCCGAGAUACCCACUAACUCUCAAACUGAUGCAGAAUAUAAUGUCCAUACUACUUUACCUAAUCAAACGAGAAUUGACAUCAAUAACCUCACAAUGGGUGGUACAGCGACUUAUGAAACAGAACAAGAACCAGCUGAAGAAAUUCAUCAUGAAAACCCUGAUCAUGUCAAUUCUCUUGAUGGGGGGACGCUACAUGACCCAUUGAGACAUGCUGUAAAACCUGAGGAUCUUUCUGAGCUUGGUCAAUUUCCUCAGAUUGUUCCUUCACGAGAUUCAAGUGGAUGGGAGUUGCCUUUUCUGCAAGGAUGGUUAAUGGGUCAAAGCCAAGUUAGUGUUCCCUCAAUGCUUCCUCACAUUGGAGGCAGUGAUGACAGCCUUCCUCAACAGAUUGGUUCUUCCACUAGGACAUCUAAUUUGUCCACUACUAAUGUUGGGGUAGCAAUGCCACCUUCAGAAAUGCCUAGCGGCAUCAGCAUACCACCAGGUUUACAGGGUCGAUUUUCAAUAACCCGUCGUGUACCUGUAUCUGAUUCUAGCAAUCUUGUUCCAUAUAUUAAUGCGCCACACGAUGGGUUUGAUAGCCAAACCAUUAUAAGCCGAAUCCAGGCAGAACUUGCAACAUCAGUGGCUGCCGCAGCUUCUGCAGAGUUACCUUGCACUGUUAAGUUAAAAGUAUGGUCAUAUGACUUAAAAAAUGCUUGCACCCCGCUACAAAGAUGCUGUCUAACUAUACCACAUGUCGUCUUAUGCAGUGAAAUGGGUGCCCAUUUUUCACCAUGUGGUAGAUUUUUAGCCGCCUGUGUUGCAUGUAUGCACCCUCAUAUAGAAGCUGAUCCAGGAUUGCAAACGCUUGUACACCCGGAGUCUGGAGUUCCAACAUCACCAACUCGACAUCCAAUCUCAGCACAUCAAGUAAUGUAUGAGCUCCGGAUAUAUUCCCUGGAGAAUUCAACAUUUGGAUCAGUGCUUGCAUCGCGAGCAAUUAGAGCUGCUCAUUGCCUGACUUCAAUCCAGUUCUCACCUACAUCUGAGCAUAUACUGCUUGCAUAUGGUCGACGUCAUGGUUCUCUUCUUACAAGCAUUGUCAUUGAUGGAGAAACAACAUUACCAAUAUAUACAGUUUUAGAGGUAUAUAGAGUGUCAGAUAUGGAACUUGUCAGGGUGCUUCCUAGUGCAGAGGAUGAGGUCAAUGUGGCAUGUUUUCAUCCUUUUCCUGGGGGAGGACUUGUCUAUGGAACCAAGGAAGGAAAGCUUAGGGUCUUCCAGUUUGACCGUGCUCACACUGUGAAUGGUACUGGAUCUGGUUACUUACCUGAGGAAAACAUUACUGGAGUUGGUCAGUGA